CAGGUAGAUUCGUUUCUCUCCGUUUUUCCUCUUCAUAUUUCCGCAACCUGCCCCUUUCUCUCCUCUAAUUAACCAUUUCUGAGAAACCAAAAUUUCCUCAGAACAAACCAAAAAAACAAAAAGAAACAACGCAUCAUUACAAUGACAGCUUCAUGUUGCGAAAACUCCGUGGACAGCAAAAGUUCACUCUCUGGACUAGCUCCACUUGAAGGGAUACUAUUCGACGUUGAUGGAACUUUAUGUGAUUCAGAUCCGCUUCACCACUACGCUUUCCGUGAAAUGCUUCAAGAGAUAGGUUUCAACGGAGGAGUUCCCAUUGAUGAGGAUUUCUUCAUUGAGAAUAUUGCUGGCAAACAUAAUGAUGAUAUUGCCAGGGCUCUCUUCCCUGAUGAUUUCCAACGAGGUUUAAAGUUCACAGAUGACAAAGAAGCCAUGUUUCGUCGACUCGCUGCAGAACAAUUGAAGCCUCUGGAUGGUCUUUAUAAACUGAAGAAAUGGGUCGAAGAUCGUGGGCUGAAGCGUGCUGCUGUUACAAACGCUCCAAGGCCAAAUGCUGAACUCAUGAUCUCGCGUCUCGGGCUGUCGGAUUUUUUCGAUGCUGUAAUUAUUGGAAGCGAAUGUGAUCAUGCCAAGCCGCACCCGGAUCCCUACUUGAAGGCUCUGGAUAUCCUCAAGGCAUCUAAGGAUCACACUUUUAUAUUUGAGGAUUCGGUCUCGGGGAUAAAAGCUGGAGUCGCAGCUGGAAUGCAAGUUGUUGGUAUAGCGACCAGAAAUCCGGAACAUUUGCUGAUGCAAGCGAAGCCCGCAUUUCUUAUAAAAGAUUAUGCUGAUCCAAAAUUGUGGGAGGCGCUGGAAGAGCUUGACAGGAAGGAGGGUAAGGCUUCAAAUGGAGCUUAAAAUCCCAUUUAUUGGGGAGGAAAAAAGAUCAUAGACUUCUGUGGGGAACUUUCAUUUAAAUAAUUCUUUGAGGAAUCUUUUGGUCCUCACGCUGUAGUAGUCAUUUAACUGAGAUAUGUAAUAAUUCUCCUACAAGUUAUCAAGUUAUGGUGGCUGAAAUAGCAACGUAUAGAUCAUAUAGCAUAUUAAUCAAAAUAAUGUGCUUCAUAAUUUGAUAAGCACUCUAAAUAAA